CAUAGCAUGUGCACUACAGACUACAGUGUGUUCUCCGCCAAUCGCUGGACGGCCAGACGUAGCAAGCGCGUCGCUUUCUUUUGGCCGCUCUCCUCCUGCACUGGGGUUUUGCCAUGUCGCGCCCACUCGCCGCCGGCCAGCCCAGCCCCACCGGCGCCGCCCAACCCAACGUCAUCGCCGCCGCCCCCGUGCGCUACGCGCAACCGAGCGCUGACGCCACAGCGCCCAGGCUUUACCCCAUCCCGAUUCCCUUCGCUGCCCCCUUCCCAAUCCUCGGCGCUCCGCCGCCGGCGCCGUACCCAGCGGCAGCCUUCUACCCCAUGGCGCCGCCCUCAGCAUUCCCGCCCUUCAUGCGACCCGGCACCUUCCCCGGACCUCCCGUGGACCCGCAUCCUCCUCCUCCACCACCACCACCGCCGCCGGGUGUGCUUGGUCCGUACCCGGGCACCUUCCCCCGACCUCGCGCGGACCUGCAUCCUCCUCCACCACCGCCGCCGCCGCCGCCGCCAGGUGUGCCUGGUCCGUACCCAGGCACCCCCUCCCUCCCGACAGCAGGUCCUAGGUAUACCACGCAGUACCCUGUAUGUCCAGGGCCUACUGGCUUCUCUCCAAGACCCAUAUAUCCUCCUCCUGGCGUUUUCUCACAUCAAAGACCAGCGUUGGUUCGCGCGAUUGCUGACCCUGUGACCAUGACCAGGCCACCUGUUCCACCUGUUGCUCCAGUCGAGACACCACAAUUUAAAAUAUACGUUGGCAAAAUUGCGGCAACAGUGGACAAUGAUUUUGUUCUUUCUCUUCUUCAGGUCUGUGGAGUGGUAAAAAGUUGGGAGCCAGUCAUAAAUCCCAUAGAUGGAACUCGCACUGGAUUUGGCUUUUGUGAGUUUGAAUCUGCCGAAGGCAGUCUUCGUGCAAUGCGGUUGCUCAACAAACUGAGUGUUGAUGGUCAAGAACUGGUGCUUAAUGUCAAUCAAGCUACCAGAGAUUACUUUCAGAAAUAUGGUGAGAGUACUCCAGAAGAGAAGGCCAAAGAAGCAGAAACUGAAACAAGGGAUGGAGUUGUAUCUUUAGCUGACAAUGGAAAUGCCUUGUCAAGAGCUACUCCAGAAGUGAAGGCCAAAGAAGCAGAAACUGAAAAAAAGGAUGGAGUUGUAUCUUCAGCUGACAAUCAAAAUGACUUGUCAAGAGCUACUCCAGAAGUGAAGGCCAAAGAAGCAGAAACUGAAACAAGGGAUGGAGUUGUAUCUUCAGCUGACAAUGGAAAUGACUUGUCAAGAGCUAUUCUGGAUGUAACGAGAAGGGGAGCGGUUGUUAUGCAAAGGAUACGCAGUUUGAUUGAAGGGGAAACAAAAAGAUGCCAGGCUGAUAAGGAUGUUAUGGAAAGGAUACACAGUUUGAUUGAAGAGAGAAUGAAGAGUAAACUUCCGGGGUCACCAACUCUGGCAGUUCAGGUGCCUGCAUGUAUUGUUGAUGAGAAUGGAGAUGAUGAUACAGGGAGUGGUGCACUGGAGGAGAGGAAAAUCAGGAGACAAUGUGAACAAGAGGAACAUUUAGGGGAAAGGAAAGCUGUGGGUUCGGAAGGUCAGAAAGAUAGAGAAAUGACUGCAGCUGGAAUGUCCUCUCCGCAAAUUGGUGAGGCACCCUCCAUGCAUGUCCCUAUGAAUCAUGAAUCUACAGUUGAACACGAGAGGGAAUGUCAGCACAGGGAAAGAGACGGGCUACAUAAUCGCAAUGGUGAAGAACAGGGCAGGCAAAGAAAAGCUGUUGGUUCGGAAGGUCGGAAAGAUAGAGAAGUGACUGCAUCUGGAAAAUCCUCUCUGCAACUUGAUGUGUUACAAUCGAUGCACAACAGUGCUGGAGAGAAAGUGGGGUUUGAAUUGCAAGGUACAUCCAACUCAGGGGAGAAGCCAACUUUGGAUGCAAAACAGUUGCUUGCUACUGUCCCUAAGACGAAGAAAGAACUAUUUUCCCAUCAUGUCAAUUGGGCAAUUUAUGAUGAGUAUGGAUUACAUAAGAGAAUGAGGCCUUGGAUUUCAAAGAAGGCCACUGCAGUUUUUGAUGAGGAGUUGUCAGAGUUUGUGGACUAUGUCGUCGCAUGCAUCAAAGAACAUGUGAAUGCACCCAGAAUGCUGGAGCUCCUUGAAUCUCUUCUGGAUGAUGAUGCAGAAAAGUUUGUUGCCUUAACGUGGAGGAAGCUGAUAUUCGAAAUUAAGAAAGUUGAAGAAGGAUUAGCGUGAAGACCAAGGCCAUGUCAGUGCCUUUUUUGUUGCUCGAGGUGGUGGAUAAUUUCAGAGAAGUGGGUGCUGCCCAACAAUUUGUGCUGAUCACCCUUGUAUAUAUGUCAGCGUCAGUUUUGUCGCUAAUGCCCUACUUCCUUUUGAUAACCUCUAGCAGUUCUUGAUUAUCUAGAUGCUAGCAGUAUGAGGUACUUUAUUUUUUUAGGGCUUUGUUAAGCACAUGCUGUCUGUGUGACCUCUUGCUGCUUGAGGUGGUGGACAGUUUCAAAGGAGUAGAUGCUGACCAACUGUUUUGGACCUAUGAGCUGUAGUUGACGGCCUUGUCCAAUGGAGCAGCCAAUUUGGGCGCUGUGUGCAUUCGUUUCCUUUGCUAUCUAUCA